AUGUCCAGAGACGCUCCAAUUAAGGCAGAGAAAGAUUAUACCGAAAUCUUGGACGCUGAAUUUCCUAAGCUUGAGAUUUUGGCCAAGAAUGAUUAUUCCAGUGCUUUGGAUCAAUUGUUAGUGUUGGAAAAGAAGACUAGACAAUCUUCUGAUUUAGCAUCUUCGAAAAGAGUCUUGACUAAGAUCGUAGAUGUUUUGGUCGCAGCAGACCAAUGGGACCUACUUAACGACCAAAUCAUGCUUCUAUCAAAAAAGCAUGGUCAAUUGAAGUUAUCUGUGCAGUAUAUGAUUCAGUCUGUGAUGAAAUAUUUGGAAGACCUGAAGGAUUUGGACACCAAGAUUAAAACUAUUGAGACGAUAAGAACCGUGACUGAGAACAAGAUUUUCGUGGAAGUUGAAAGAGCUAGAGUCACUAGAGAUUUGGUUCAUAUCAGAAGAUCUGAGAACAAGAUCGAUGAGGCCACUGACUUGUUAUGUGAAUUGCAAGUGGAAACGUAUGGGUCCAUGGAGAUGUAUGAAAAGAUUGAAUUUAUCCUUGAACAAAUGGAAUUAAGUAUCCUAAAAGGUGAUUACUCUCAAGCCACUGUGUUGUCCAGAAAAAUAUUAAAGAAGACUUUCAAGAAUGAAAAGUAUGCAGCAUUGAAAUUAGAGUAUUAUAACCUUUUGGUAAAGAUUGGCUUGCAUAAGAAAGAUUACUUAGAAGUGGCUCAGUACUACCAAGAAAUCUACAACUCUGAUUCUGUGAAGGCAGAUGAAAUUCAAUGGAAGGCAGCUCUAUCCAGGGUUGUAUACUUCUUGAUUCUAUCGCCAUAUGAUAACCUACAAAAUGAUCUCAUUCACAAGGUUCAGUUGGACAACAAUCUAAAGAAAUUGCCAUCCCAAGAAUCCUUGGUAAAACUCUUCACCACAGCAGAACUAAUGAGAUGGCCAAUAGUACAAGAUACCUACAAAGAAAUUUUGAACCAGGACGGCGUUGCAUUCGGGUCUAAUGAAUCACACUGGGAAGAUCUUCAUAAGAGAAUCAUAGAGCACAACUUGCGUGUCAUUUCCAAAUACUAUACAAAAAUUACUUUGCCAAGGUUAAAGGAGCUAUUAGAUUUAGAUGAGGCCAAGACAGAGUCGUUUAUCAGUGAUUUGGUCAACCAGGGUAUCAUUUACGCAAAGAUAAAUAGACCUGAAAAGAUUGUGAACUUUGGUAAGCCAAACAACUCUAGUGAUCUGCUCAACGAAUGGUCGGCAAAUGUGGAUCAAUUACUAGACCAUAUUGAAACCAUCGGUCAUCUAAUCACUAAGGAAGAGAUUAUGCACGGGCUCAAGGCUAAAUAG